AAUUCUCUGUCUAUUCCUGCUGGUAAUUAUUGAGGCGAAAAGUAUGCAUGGAGGUUUUAUUUAGAUAGGCAGCUGCCCAAUAUAAAUCAAGACGUAAGUUACAAAAUUUAAUCGUUCUCAAGGAUAUAAGCAAAUAAUUAAAUCGAUUGAAAUAAGACAUAACCGUAAUUGGUGAAGGAGUAUUUAACAAGAUUGCCUUUGCUAACUUCUUACUGAAGUCUUUGUAUUUCAUUUUUGGUCAAAAAGUCUUUGUAUUUCUUACGCCACGAAAAAAUAACCGGAAAAAGCUUAGCGCUGGUCUAGUGGUCUUUGCGUGUCUAGUAGAUACAUCUUUAUCGAUGCAGCAGUUCUACACCGUAGUAGGUUAAGCCCAUAAAUAUUUAGUGUAAAAGUGACCUUAUAUGUAAUUGUUUCAAAUAUUUAUAUCCACCCUAGUUAGUGGCAUGUGCAGUAAAUGUUACUCAUGAACUAACUAUACACUCCUACACAUUAACCUCCCACGUACUUGUCCAUAUUGUUAUGAAAUACAGUAAUUUAUGAAUGUUGUAUCAGUUUUGACCAAAAAAAAGAAUGUUGUAUCAGUAACAUUUGAUCGAGAAUUAAAUCAGAAUCCAAAUGAAGAGAAAAUCAAAUUAGAGUCCAAACCAAGAGAAAAUUACGCUUAAACAUACUUUUCCAAAGUCUAUUUUAUCCAUACACACUUUAAACUUGCACAUGUUCUUCCCUUCUUUGCUUUUGCAAUCUCUCGCGAUUUUUUCAAUAAAGAUAUCGCAUACCAUCUGUUUUGCUCUACAUGCUUUUGAACGCCCGUUGCGCUUUUGCAACACACAAUCAUCAGUUAUAAAUAGUUGCAGAUAAACUCGAAGAAGAACAACACUUCCAUAUUAAGUAGCUACAACGCGACAUGCACUUACUAAGUAGAUCAAUUUCCAUCAUUAUCAUCUAAUCAACAACAAGCUUGGAAAACUACUGACCUGUAAAUGAAAACCUCCUCAUCACAUGAACCCUAAUUGAAAAAAAAAUCCCCCAAAUCAAUUUGUGUUGGGUCGGGUCGGGUCGAAUCAAGUUUUUAAUUGGGCAAUCACUAUUCUCAAAAUGAGAUUUAGACCCUUUAAUUUGGAUUGCGAUUUUGGAUUAGAGAGGGGGUCUGUGUAAGAUUAAAAAGAUUGGGGGGUGAUGUGAAGAGAAAUAAUAUCUUUGGGUGGGGUCUAGGCAAUGGUUUUCUAUUUAAUCUUGAAUUUAACCGGAAUAAACCGGCGCGUGUAGACGCAUAAAUAGACCCUAAACCCGUCUCUGCAAAUGAAAAUUAAAAAGACUUACUAGCGACUUGGCUUCCUUCUGGUCCAAGAAAGAGAUUCAAGUUUUGAUUGGAAGUUUGAAGAGCUAGAAGCGAAGGUAUCUCUCUCUCUUUCUUCUUCUCUAUUUUCUUUUUCUUUCUUUAUGUUCUUUAUGUCAAAUCCUCUCUCCGUUUUAGGCUUGGGAAGAGAAAGACGACGCUACCUUAUGGAGCCUAAGAGGACUCAUAGAUCUCUGUGCAAUCAAGGUAGCUGUAAGGCUUUGCAGGCCUAGACACUGUGUGUUGGAUAGGUUCAAGAUUUUGGUAUCCGCGAAUGACCACAAGGUCAAGAUUACACGAAACAAAGCAUACACUGGUUUACCCAAGACAGAGCUAUCAUGGAAGCAGGUAAUAGAGAGUCUUCACAUAGCGUGUAGGGUUGGUAAUCUAGAGCUUCUCUCAACGCUUAUCAGCACAGGUAUUGAACCUAUUUGUUUUCUUUCUUCACUGAAUGACGAGAUUGAAAAGACUAUUUACUGAACGAAUAGUUAUUUUUCUGUUCUGUGUCAGGUGCCAAUAUCAAUGGCACUGAUAGUGACUCAAUGAUAGCUCUUCACAUAGCAACUAGCAAAGGAAAAGUGGAGAUUUGUGACUAUCUCAUACAAAAAGGAGCUAUUAUCGAUGUACUAGAUAAAAAGGGCCAAACCCCACUUAUGCACGCUGUGAAGUCCAAGGAACCAAAGGUAAUUAUGAGAAAUCUUGGCAUAUAAACGUUUUUUUUGUGUGUGUGGAAUCUUCAGCUAAUGAAGUUAGCUGCCUAAUCUGGUUUUAACUGAUUAGAAAACUUUGAACAUUUUGUGUGUACUGUAAGGAGAAGUUAGGCGGAAUUUGUCACUUUAGUCUUGAGGUAUUGAAGUUAGGGGACUUAGAAUGUGUAAUUGUAUGUUAUAGUGGUGAAGUUGAAUGUCUACUAGCUCAUUCACAUGGUGAAGUUGCUUACUCAUUAAGCUGGUUGCAGGUUGUGAAGAUGCUAGUAAGUGCUGAUGUAUCUAUGAUCAACAACAAGGAUGAAGAAGGCUGGACUGCUCUUCACUUUGCUGCUAGCAAUGGGUGCUUGGAGAUCACUAAGAUCUUAAAGACAUAUGGGGAAACACUAGAGAUCACUGACAAGGAUGGAUACACGCCCUCUGAAAUUGCAGCAAGGAGAGGAAAGAUGGAAGUUUAUGACUACCUAGUUGAAAAAGUAUAAAGCUGAUUUCACCUGCAAUUGAAACUUUUUCUCAUUUGCGAUAGAUGUUGGUAUGGGGAUUAUAGACAAAACUUGAUUUAAUUGCUCGGUUCAUUGUAAUUUUGAUACUUCAUGAUUGCUCGAACUUGAUAGUUGAUAUAAACAGAAUUUUUGUACUUGAUAAAUGUUUUUUUAUCUCCUGAAAAGUCAUCUACCCCAUCCUCACAAUCUUUUUCUACUUUGGCAACGCUGUAUUUAUCAUUUACAAAGGAGACACUUGUCUUUUGAACAACAACCACACUAAUUUCUUUCAGUAGCUUCCUCUGAUCUUUCUCUCUUUACUGAAGCACUCUCAAGGGUCUUCAAUUGCUUUUGAACAUAGUAAUAUGUCUGGUGCAGUGUUACCUGAAUGUUCUGGUCAAGAAACAAUCAAUGACCUUGUUUCUCGUAGUGACAAUGCUUUGACUUCUCAAACAAGAAAAAAAUUGAUAUCUUCACCUACAGUUAUGAUCCUGAUUUGACUCACCCUUAUCAAGAAAUGGAUACAUCUGAUGUAGCUCAAUCUGUUGCUUUCCUAGUAUCCUCUCCAUCUGCCAUCAAUACUCACACUAUGGUGACAAGAGAAAAGGCUGGAAUCAGCAUACCAAGAAAUGGAUACAUCUGAUGUAGCUUAAUCUAUUCGCUUCUCACUCAUAAAACAUCAUAUCAUGAGCCAAAAGCAGUCACUGCAGCCUUACUUUCCAUAUUAACUAAAUAUGAAUGUCCUUGGAAUCACUUGCUUCAGACUUCUGUUCUGUUGUUGUGACCUGACUUGUUUCCUGGUAUCUCUUACUCUUGUUGAGACUGUUAUUACUGGUCUUAAACUGAUUUGCAAUAUCAGAACUCCCGUUAUUGUUCCCGCCACCACGCUUAUUGUUUUUGUGGAGGCUCGUGAUUGUGCUGACCCUUGUAAAUGAUUUCCGUUACUUGUCCAUCGACAGACCUCUCCACUUUCUUCUUGACAGGACACGCAGGAUUUGUACACUUGUAAUAACUCCGAGGAAAAUCGCUACCUUUGACUUGCUUCUGACAGGACACGCAGGAUUUGUACGCAGUGAUUUAGCUUAUUUGUUAUGAUUUCCAUAAUUUUAGAUAAUUUUUCUUAUUUGUCUUGUUUUAAUUAGGUUUAAACUGAGUCAUUAAUUUUCUAAUAGUUUUUAGUUGAGUCUAUAAUUUAUUAAUUUAAAUAAUAUAAAUAUGAAAUAUGUAAUUAGAUAUAUAAUUAUUUUGAUUUUCCUUUUCAUUUAAUAUAACAUAUAAAUUUAAUCUUAUUAAGACUAUAUAUAAAAUUUAUUUCGGGUUUUGUGAAAAUUAAUUAUAAUUAUAUGCUAUAUUAAAUAAUUAAUUAUAAACUAAUAUAAUAAAAUUGUGAAAAUAUAUUUAAAAAUUAAGAGAAUUCUUAUAUAUAUUGUGUUGCUAUCUGAAAACAAUAUAGUUUAUUAUAAAGUUAAAAAACUAAGAUAUAAAACAGUUUAUAAUUAAAUACUAGUUGAUGUCCCGCACCUUAUGCGGAUUAUUACAUCUAACAAUUUUUAAUUCUAAAAUUUAUUUUUAUAAAUUAAUAAUAAUUAAAUUAGAUACAAAUUUUAAAUUAUUAUAAAUUAUAAAAUUUCAAUAUUUAUAUUGGUAAUCAAUGUAUUAAAUUGUUUUAUUUUGUUUCAUAUUUUUAUUUAUAUGAUGUAGAUUUUGGAUCAAAAUCCUUUUUAGAGUAAUAACUAAAUUAGGAAAUUUUGCAUGUAAAAUUAACAGAUAUUGUAUUGGGACUGAAAAUAAAUCACGUGGUACUAAAAGGAUUAGAAAAAAAACCACAAAUAUAAAACAAUAACAAAUAGAAAUAGUUUAGGAAUAUUCAAUCUGGUAAAACCAAACCAUUCAAAAUCAAACCAAAUCGAAAUAGAGAAAAUAGUCUAGAUUUGAAAGUACUGAAGAUGUUAUUUUUAGAAAACAACAGUAUAUGAAUAUUGAUUAGUAUAUUAAGAGAUCAAACCAAAUAAACAAAAGAAAACGAUUAAUUCAGAUAUAUUAGUAUACUUAUAUAUAAAUUUUAUAAUAAUCUGUAUUUGAUCAAUAUUUUCAGUAAACAUCAGAGAAAUUAGCUAUAAUAUUAGUCAUUAAAAUUAUAAAAUAAGAGAAAAAUAAUGAUUAAAAUAUAUUUUUUAAAACAUAUUAGUAUAUAUAUAUAUAUCGGUACAAUAGGUUCAUGUUUGAUUUUAAAUAUCAUGAUAAAUAUAUAGAUAUCAAAAAUAUAUAUAUUAAUUAAUUAAACUAAUGAUUUAUACUAAAAUCAUGGAAAAUAUGACAAGUAAGCAAAUUAACUAAAAUCAUGAAGAAGAUGCAAAUGAGCCAAAUCACUUCAUAAAUAAUAGUAUAGAUCAUGAAAAAUAUGACAAGUAAGAAAAUUAACUAAAAUCAUGGAGAAGAUGACAAAUAAGCCAAAUCACUUCAUAAAUAAUAGUAUAGAUUAUUCAAACAAAAAUAUUUAUAUAAAGAUAUUUUCUAAACUAUUUCUAAUAUAUGAGUGUUUAAAAAAAUUUAACACAAUAAUAAGACAUCGUUUGAUGAACGUUUUUUUGACAUAUAUAAAUAAUUUGAUGUUUGAUUUAACUAUUUAAAAUUAUAAAUAAUAAUUUAAGUUGUGACUGAGUUCAAAACAAAUUUUCUUGCUUUUACUUUAAACCAUUUUAAGUUUAAUCCAUGAAACACUAUAGUUUCAGUUGGUGACCACUAGAAGAAUGGAAAAAUGAACAAAAUGAAAAAUAAAAUUUCAUUUGAGGAAUUGAAAAAAUAAAAAUAAAAUGAUUUUUUGUUCAAUUUGUUCCUUAUCAAAAUUGCAUAGGAAAUUUUUUUGUUAUAAAUCUAUUCCUCCAUAAGGAAUUUAGAAGAAAAAAGUGGGAUCUAACUUUCAAUAAUUUGACUAAAAUUUCAACAUAACUGGUAUAAAUUUUGAUGAACAAAGAAUUCACCAUAAUUUUUUUUCCUUCGACUUCGACGUGUUCACCAAUUAGAGUUUUAUAAUGCCGAUUUUUGGAUUAGUAAUACAUAAAAUAAUAAAUAUUCGUAAGAUGAUUAUACGCUGCGGACAAAACACCUAGUAUUUUAGUAUUAGUAAAAUAAUAUGGUCCAUUCUGAAAUAUUGAGCGCACGAAAUUAUAAUAAUGAUUUCUAAAAUUUGUUAUUGGAUUAUCAAUCAUGUAUUCCCAAUAAAUUAAUAAAUCAGUUUGACAAAACCGACAAUCCCUACAAAUAGCAUCAAAAUAAUGAUACUAAAAAGGACAAAACUAGAAUAAUUAUAAUCUGUUACAAAAGAAAAAUAAAAAAGGAAAAUCUAUUAAAAAUUGGAAUCCAUUAGGGUUUUGAAGACACAAACGAAAGCAAUAUAUAGUAGUACUUGGUCGUUGUCCUGAUCAGAAAGAGAAAGCAAAAGUAGAAGACAAAUCGUUUUAUAUAAUUUGCUUUGCUCUUAUAAAAGUAGAAGACAAAUCGAUGGAGGAGCAGCGAGGCCAUGAAAAGGAUAAAAUUGCUUCAUCGUUUUCCUCAGAAAGAGAAAGCAAAAGAGGAAGAAGAGAGGUGACCGAGAUAAUAAUCAACGAUGAUGCGUUGGAAGAGAUAAUGCUGAGGCUUCCGGUAAAAUCCCUUAUAAGUUUCCAAGCCGUGUCUAAACACUGGAGACGUAUGAUAACGCUUAACUCGUUCAGAGAGAGAUACAUGUUGCAUCAGAAAACCCUAGAACCAAAAUUUUUGUGUGUCUACGAUGAUAUAGACUGGUAUAAGGCAAGCUAUGCUCUAAAAGAGAUGAGGUUGGAGUGGUCUUCGGCAUGUCUAGUUGAAGUGGAAGAAGAAGAAGACUAUCAUAUUAGUAAUGAUGAGCAAGAGGAUGUGAUAGUUUCCAAGAGUCUGGAUGGUCUUUUCUGCUUCUAUGGACGUGCAAACUUUAAAAACCCAAUUAAAGUGAUGAACCCAUCCACUAGAUGGUCCUUGACGCUCCCUCUCGCCAGGAUUCAGCUAGUGCAUUCAGACAACAAGGUGGAGUUUUCUCAACCGGGAUUUGGAAGAGACUAUGUCACAGGAGCAUACAAACUAGUCUGGUUACAUAACAUUAAAGACAAGAACAUCUCAUCAUGUGAGGUUUUCGAUUUUGGAGUCAAGGAAUGGAGACAUGUGACUUCUCCUCCUUAUCAUCGGAUAGAUCACAACCAAGAAGCAACUUUUGCAAACGGAUGGCUUUACUGGUUCACCCAUGAAAAGACGAAGUUGAUUGCUUUCGAUCUUCACAUGGAGAUGUUUCAAGUCGUACCAAACCCAAUUAUUGACGCAUCAUCGUCAUCAUCAUCAUCAUCAUAUAUUAGUAUGCAUAUGUGCAGCCUAGACUAUGACCGUGGUCUUCUGAAUAUUUCCGUGACAAAUGGAGAUGGCAUGCAACACGUUUGGAGGGUCACUAACCACAACACAGGAGGGGUAUUGUUGAAAACGAACAAGAUCUUCUCCUUUGACUUGAACAAGAUUACCUCCACUUGGUUCGAAGAAACUCAUUAUAAAUCUUCGCUCCUCGGCCUUAUGGUAGUUUCGAAGAAAGGAAACAAGGUGAUGCUCGCAAAAUACGGUUCCGACAAGCUCCUUCUAUAUCAACCUCUAACCCCUAAUUCCAUUAUGAAUCGCAUCUUUUCGUAUUCUCCUUCUCGUCCAAGUGAUGACAGUGUAUUUCUUCAUUAUUUCCCAAGUUUAGCAUGUCCCUUAUGAAAUAAUUUAAUUUCUGUAAGUGGAUUUCAUUGUCAUUAUGCUCAAAUAAAUCUUGCUGUUGAAAUUAACUUAACAUUCUCUUAUUAUAUCAUUGCCUUUGGGAGAGAUACUAGCCGUUUCUCAAUCCUGUCCGAUUGUCUCAAUUGUACGUAGCACUACCAAGACUGUAGUAUUUUAUCGCUGCAAGUUUCAUACUUAAUUCCGAUGGCUUGAUCAUCUAUUAGUAUUCAUGCAAAGUAGAUCACUCUUGCCUCUUUGCCUGAAUCUAGCCUACCUGAAUCUAUAUUCUGUAUAUCCUUUCAACUGACUUUACAUCUCUUUUGUGGUUUUCUUUAGAUAAAUACUUGUAUAUUUUUACCAAAAAAAUACUUUUAUAUCCGUUUUCUUUUAAAAGACGUUUUAGAAUAUUUGUUUUGUAUCAUUAUAGUUGACGUCCUCGGAAAACAAUGCAAGAUAUAGUGAAAUAAGACUUUAUUUACCCUUAUGAUAUUUUCUUUUUUUAAAGGAAAUGUGUGUAACGAGAGAUGAUAAUUAAUUGAUGGAGAGGGUAGAACAGAUAUUGUAUUAGGUGCCUUAAUUUGUGUGAAACUUAUAGAACGUCAUUUAAAAAAAAAAACAGAGGGAGUAACAUUAAUGACUCAAGUCUUUAUUUCCACACUCGGAUAUCUUUGAUAUCUAUACUACUCCCUCGGUUCCUGUUCCUGAAAGUAAGAUUUUUUAGAUUUGUUUUUUAUUCUAAAAUGAUAAAUUUUCUAAAAUUUUAAGGUAUUUUUAGUAGUUAAUGUUAAAAAGUUGUAUACUUUUAAAAAACAUUAAUUGAAAAUAUUUGAAUUGAUUGAAUACUAUUGGUUGAUAUUUAUUGGAAAAUGUAUAGUAAAAUAAAUAAUAAAUUCAAUUGUUAAAAAUUACUUGUUUCUUUAAUAUGCAUGAAUACUCUAGAAAAUUCUUCUUUGGGAACAGAGGGAGUAUUAUUUAUUAAGUGAUUUUGCUGAUUUGUCACAUUCUCCAUGAUUUUAGCUGAUUUAGCUUAUUUUUUAUAUUCUUAUUAGUUUUUAGAUUAAAUCAUCAAUUUAUUAAUUUAAAUAAUAUAAAUUUCGAUUUAUAAUUAAUUUAAAUAAUUUAAAUAUUUCGAAAAUUCUAAUUAGAAUUAUGAUUAUAAUUAUUUUAACUUUCACAAGAUUUUUAUUAGUUUUUAGCUUAAAUCAUUAAUUUAUUAAUUUAAAUAACAUAACUAUUUCAAAUUUAUAAUUUGAAUUACAAUUAUAACUAUUUUAAAAAAGUUAGGACCAAUUCUUAUCUUCAUAUGAUGUAAAAUGUUUUAAACUCUUAGUUUCAAUUUUCUCAUUUAUUCCAAGUUGCCUCGAUUAUAGUUUUUGACAUCUAUAUUUAUGUACUUUUGAUAUUUGUUUUUUAUAGUUGGAGUUCUAUGUUUUUCUUCUUUCUUUGAGUCUGAAAUAUUAGGAGCAUAUAGGUUUUGUUACAUGGAAUUUGGAAUUAUGAAUUAGGUAUUCUGAAUUACUUCGGUAGUUAUUUCACGUAUAAGUUUUAUUACUGUUUAAUCUAUAAGAAAAAUAUGCUUUGAUAUUAAAUUUAGAGAUUUGCCUAUUUAAUCAUGUUAUGAACAUGUCUUUAAUGGUUUAGUUUCAUUAUUUUUAAUGAAUAAUUAGAUUUAUCAUUAUAUAAUUAACCAUAAAUUAACUUUAAUAAUAAAACUAUCAUUAUCUAUUGUUUCUUUUAUUAAAAGUAAACUUAUGAAAUAUUAAGAUAAGUCAAUGUAUAUUUUGAUCAAGUAAACCAAUGAAAUAUUAUCAUUAUCUCAAUUCAUUAAAAAAAAAUUCUUCAAAAUUAUCAUCGAACUUUAGUUUUUGUUUACUUUUUAUUUAUUUUGUUCUUAUUUGGAUUUUGUGUGUUUUAAUAUUUAUUGGUAAGUUAAUUCAUGUUUAUGGUUCAAAAAUACAAAGUGGAUUAAGAGAGACCAAAAGUUCACAUUCUUACUUUACUUUAUUGUAUGGAAUAUUUGAUAUGUAAUUAUGGUCUCAUAGUUUUAUAACUUUCCUUUGUGUUAAAAAGACGUAGAUCGAAAUAAAAAUCAAAAAGAACUAAAAUGAUUAA